AUGAUCGCUCGAUUCGUGGAAUUAGAAGCAGCAUUCAAAGCAACAGCAGCAGUAUUGGGUAAAGAUUUGCCCAUACUGACCUUAGAAGAGUGGGCACUUCUUCAACAACUUUUAUUGGUUUUAAAACCGUUUGAUGACGUUGUGGCAGCCAUGAGUGCUGUAAAAUAUGUCACUGGAGGCUCUGUUAUAGCAUUAACUCGAUGCUUGAUAAAAAUAUGUGAAAAGUUGUUGGCAGAUCAUUUAUCACCACUAUCUGAAGAAAGCCUAGUCAGUCCUGCGGCCACUGUUGCUGUAACUAUAGAUGGCCUAAUCACAAGAUUGGGUAAUGUAGAAAAAAGUGGUACAUUUUCAGUUUGUACAUUUCUAGACCCUCGUUAUAAAUUAUCGGGCUUUGGAGAUAAACAGGAAGCAGGACGGGCGAAGAAACGGGUGCAGGAUAUGGUACAAACUUUAAUUGCCGAAAAAUUUCCCAGUCACCAACCACCACAUCCUAUCACCUGUGAGCCGUUACCGUCAACGUCUAAAGGAGUUUCUCCGUGGAGUAUUCUCUCCGAAAUAGUAGCUUCUGACCGGCCUCAACAAAGAAUUGGAACUGCUCUGUGUAAAGCUAUACAUGAAGUUGAUUUAUAUUUAGAGAACGACAUGCUAGAGGUACAUAAGCCAGAUGGUAGUUGGAAUUGCCCCCUAGACUGGUGA